CUCAAGUACAAUCGAGUGUAAACAUUUCGUAUUAAAAGUAAGGCCAUAUUCAUUUCGCCUUUUAAACCUUUUCGAACAUUUGGAUAGCGUCAAUCGGAACAUUUAUUUCAUCAUGGCUAUUUUUAUCUAUGUUUGUGCUCUAAUAUUGGCGAGGGCGGUGCACGGGGUAACUUAUCCGCGGAAAUGCGAGACCAAAAAGGAGAAUGGGUACUACCAUGCGUGUGUUCGACAAUGGCAACUCACCGACGAAAUCUCACGAAAGUAUUCUGCAUUCCUUGAGAAGCCGCACCUCUUCGACGAAAUUUGCGAUUCAAGACCCGGGAAGUCAGUGGAUAACGUUGAUGCGUGCGUAAAUGAGAGCGUCUCACCAUGGUGUGACGCCAUAGUCGAAAGUUGGAAAGCUUACAAGACACAGGUCCAAAUGAUUUGCAAGUUUAGACAAGACUUUGCCCACGUCCACAGGCAAUGCAGAAAUGACACACGGUUCCAGCAGGCGUACGAUCAAUGCUACAAUGUUUACUCCAUCAACAAGAACAGUGUGCAACCGUGCAGUGGUGUCCAGAGCCUUUUAGGCUGUCUGGACCACAACUUGAACGUCUACUGCUCGAGAGAUUCGCAGCGAUUCUUUAAAAUGAUCUUCAGGGCGUCUCUGCAGCACCACAUUGAAUUCCUGUGUCACAAGUACACAAAGGAUGUACCAAUUUCAGAACCAGUAAAAACAGUAUCUCCAAUCGACGAAUCGGAUUUGUCGAAGUUAUACGACGACUUCUAUGACCGCCUUGAUUGUGUAGACAAUAAAAAGGAUAAGAGAUGCAACACACAAAUGCAUGAGGUUAACUUAAGUUCGCAGUCAAGAAAUUCGGCAAAUGGAUCGCGUGACCAUGAAAGCUUUUUCCGCACAGUGAUCGUCUGUGCAAUAUUCAUUCUUAUCCGUUGAAGACAAUGACAAAAAGUAAUAAGAAACAUUUAAGACAUAAUGUAAUCGAACAUGUUUGGUUCAGUAUUGACCGCAGACGUAAAAAUGGCAUUAUUGUUGUUGCAUGCUGCUGUUAGGAGACUAUGAUAUUAUCUAUUAGUAAUGAUAUUUUGUGUGACACUUUUAUAUUUGUAUGUGAACGCCUACCCACCUGUGAAAUCCAUACAGUUUUUUAAUGCAAAGAAGCAUAUGUGGGUAAAACACAUUCGGAUGCGGUCAAUGCAUUAUUUGAUGACAAUUCCGUGAAAACGUUUCUUUAUUUCGCAUACCGUGUCAUUCUAAGAUGCUAGCGGGGUAGUACCCAGUGCUUCAUCGUGGAACUUAUCUUUUUCGAACACUACAACUUUUCUGCAUACAACAUUUCAUUUGAACGUAUAUUUUCACACGAGACUUCAAACAUUAUGCUGCAAGAUCGGGCAUACUGGCGAUGUCUACUAGUAUGUUGAAAAACUUAGUGGUCGUUGUUGCAAGCAAUCAAUCAUAAGAUCAUAUAUACAAUCCUUUUGUAAAUAUAUUCAUAAUUCAUCGUUUUGCUCAAUAGUUAUGAUAUUGUAUGUUUUACCUUUAUAUUUGUUGUUUUAUACAAUAUAUUUGUUCCAUUGUACCAUGUGUGUUAGCCUGCAAGAUUGUUCAUACUGGGGAUGUCAACUAGUAUGUUAUUAAACUUAGUGGUCGUUGUUGCAAGCAAUCAAUCAUAAGAUUAUAUAUACAAUCCUUUUGUUGCUAUAUUCAUAAUUCAUCGUUUUGCUCAAUAGUUAUGAUAUUGUAUGAUUUACCUUUAUAUUUGUUGUUUUAUACAUAAAUUUUGUUCCAUUGUA